GUCACCGGAAUCUAGGUGGGGCCGGCGCCGCGCCCCCGCGGCCAGCCGGGAGUCGCGUCCUCCCGGAGCCGCCUCCCCGCGGCUUCUUCCCUUUUGUCGCGCUCCCCGCGCUCCGGGGCCACUCUCUGCCUGCAUCCGAGCCACGCGCGUUCCUCUCCUCCGCGCCACCACCGUCGAGAUGCUGCGCUGCGGCCUGGCCUGCGAGCGCUGCAGGUGGAUCCUGCCCCUGCUGCUGCUCAGCGCCAUUGCCUUCGACAUUAUCGCGCUGGCCGGCCGCGGCUGGCUGCAGUCAAGCGACCAUGUCCAGACGUCCUCGCUGUGGUGGAAGUGUUCUCAGGAGGGCGGCGGCAGCGGGUCCUACGAGGAAGGCUGCCAGAGUCUCAUGGAUUACGCCUGGGGAAGGGCAGCCGCUGCCAUGCUCUUCUGUGGCUUUAUCAUCCUGGUGAUCUGUUUCAUCCUCUCCUUCUUUGCCCUCUGUGGACCCCAAAUGCUUGUCUUCCUGCGAGUGAUCGGAGGCCUCCUGGCCCUGGCUGCUGUGUUCCAGAUCAUCUCCUUGGUCAUUUACCCUGUGAAGUACACCCAGACCUUCAACCUUCAUGCCAACACUGCUGUCACUUACAUCUAUAACUGGGCCUAUGGCUUCGGGUGGGCGGCCACAAUUAUCCUGAUCGGCUGUGCCUUCUUCUUCUGUUGCCUCCCCAACUACGAAGAUGACCUCCUGGGCAACGCCAAGCCCCGGUACUUCUACACAUCUGCCUAAAGUGGGAAAGGAGCAGAAGAAAAUCGCUGCUGCCCAGAUGGAGUCCAGAGAAAAAAACUGUUUUCCCCACAAUACCUUGAAUACCUAUUUGGGGGGCACUGUUCAUGUUAUUAAACUAGAGUCAAAAUGCUAAAAUAAUAUUUCUUAAAUGGUGUUAUAGUUUCAUAUUCAUCUUUUAUAUAUGUUUUGUAGUGAUAAACAAGACUUACUUUGAACUAAUGACCUAGUGACUAACAUGCCAGCGUUUCCUUAUAUCUACCCAUACCAUGUAUAAUGCAUUUGUAAAAGAAUAUGAGUAUGAAAUGUACCAUAUAAUUUAUAAGGUAAAAAUGAGAAGGCUUCCAAAGAUUUAAGUAACCCGAUCAGGUUUCUGUUUUUCUCAGAUGGAAUGGACUGGGUCUAUUCAGGACUAAGGAGAAAAGGGCGAUAUUGGUUAAAAAAAAAAAAAAAAAAAA